CAAACAUAGAUAGUAUACGAAACCGUUCAUAGAAAGACAUUUUAUAUCACUUCCUUUUUCGGUUUCAUGUGACGAGCAAAGUGGACUGAAAUUUAAAAAUGGCAAAACAUUUUAUAGUGGCAGCGAUUGAUUUCGGGACAACAUAUUCUGGAUACGCAUAUUCCUUCAAAGACUCGUAUAAAACGGACCCACUUAAGAUAUUCUCUAAUACAUGGACAGAUGGUUGCGGAGCUUUAACGUUAAAGCAGCCCACGUGUGCUUUAUUUGAUGGAAAUGGAAAGUUUCAUUCAUUUGGAUACGAAGCAGAAGAUAAAUAUGCAAAGCUUGCGUCGUCCGACAAACAUAUAGGAUGGAAAUAUUUUCGUCAUUUUAAAAUGAGUCUACAUAAUAAACCAAACCUGUCACUGAAAGCAAAACUACGUGAUGACCAAAGCAAAUUAAUGAAAGCAAUAGAAGUGUUUGCUGCAUCUAUCAAAUAUCUCAAGGACCAUCUUAUACAUAAACUGACCGAAUCUUCUGGAGUAAAUGAAACAUCUGUCAACGACAAACAGUCUCAAAAGGCCGGUAUACUAACAAACGAUAUACUAUGGGUAUUAACUGUUCCAGCAAUCUGGAGCGACUCUGCAAAGCAGUUCAUGAGAACGGCAGCUGAACAGGCUGGGAUACAGGAAAGGUCAGCUCGUGCUCUCCGCUAG